CUUCCUUCACACGUAUGGCUAGACUAGUCUCUUAGGAAUUUAUUUUUAAAGUUCUCUUUAUUUAUGUUUAUAUAAAAUUUACUUUACCGAAAGUUAGUGUAUCUAAAAACACGUAUAUCAGGUGUUUAACUGCUUAGUUCACGAUCUUCUCGCUCUGUAACUAUUUCAUUCAAGAAAUUAGCCAGCGACGUCUUUAAUUUUGUUUUUAGUGAACAAUAAGUGGUUUAAAAUGCCAGGAAUUGCAACUAUGUCAUUGGAGAAUAUGUACUGCACUCGCUGCGGCGAUGGGUUUGAGCCCAAUGAGAAGAUUGUCAACUCCAACGGAGAACUCUGGCAUACAAACUGUUUUGUAUGUGCCCAAUGUUUCCGGAUGUUCCCUGAUGGAGUGUUUUACGAAUUUGAGGGCCGUAAAUACUGUGAACAAGACUUUCAGGUGCUUUUCGCUCCAUGCUGCGGCAAAUGUGGCGAGUUCGUCAUCGGACGAGUGAUCAAGGCGAUGAACGCCAACUGGCACCCAGCCUGCUUCCGCUGCGCGGAGUGCAGCACAGAGCUGGCGGACGCCGGCUUCAUCAAGCACGCGGGCCGCGCGCUGUGCCACGCCUGCAACGCACGCAUCAAGGCCGACGGCUUGCAGAACUACAUGUGCCACAAGUGCCAUGGUGUGAUCGACGGCGAGCCGCUGCGUUACCGCGGCGAGGUGUGGCACGGGUACCACUUCACGUGCGCCACGUGCGGGGUCGAGCUCGACCACACGGCGCGCGAGGUCAAGAACCGCCCGGGCUACGCGGCCAACGACGUGAACAACCUGUUUUGCCUUCGGUGCCACGACAAGAUGGGCAUCCCGAUCUGCGGCGCCUGUCGCCGUCCCAUCGAGGAGAGAAUCGUCACCGCCCUCGGGAAACAUUGGCACGUUGAGCAUUUCGUGUGCGCUAAAUGCGAGAAGCCGUUCCACGGGCACCGGCACUACGAGAAGAAGGGCCUCGCGUACUGCGAGCAGCACUACCACCAGUUGUUCGGCAAUCUGUGCUACGUAUGCAACCAGGUCAUCGCCGGAGAUGUGUUCACGGCGCUGAACAAGGCGUGGUGCGUGCACCACUUCGCGUGCGCCGUGUGCGACGCGGCGCUGAGCACGCGCAGCAAGUUCUACGAGUACGACGAGCGGCCCGCGUGCCGCCGCUGCUACGAGAAGCUGCCGCAGGAGCUGCGCCGCCGCCUGCGCCGCGCGCACCACUACACGCCGCGCCGCUAACCUCGACCCGUCAGCGCGCAGCGCCAUCUCACCGCUAUCUAAUCUAAACAAACAUACGCUGCAUCGCGCUCUUAGUGCUUAGCGCGCACUAGAGUGAGACGGAUAUAAUAACAAUCCUUCGCGCUCUUAGCCGCCGCGAAAAAUAAAGUUUAAGCGAUCGUAAAGGGAUUCGCAACAGUAUAACCAGAUUUUCUUAUACAAAGUGGUGUUAUUUUUUAUCAUCAUGUGGUUCGUAGUUGCCUGGAAAAAUUAUAAGAGGUACGCGGGUUAAACAUAUAAAAUAUAACUCUGACUUAUUCCAUGUCUUAGCAUAAUUUGAGACUCAUCGAAUAAUAUGUGUAUUUUGUUACUGUAUUACGCGCUGUUGUUAUUGUCAAUAAAUUUAUUCUUAUUCAAGGAAAAAACUAUAUCUAACAGGAAAUUAACUUGUUUACACAGUGGUGGUCGCUUCAAUCUUUCAACCACCACGACUAUUUUAUGUAAGACGCGAUAGUAAAUUGGAUAAUCAUUUUUAAUUGUUACUGUAAUACUGUUGUGUGCUAUUUCUGAGGGUGAUGGUG